CGUUUUCUAGAUAUAAAUAUAACUUUUGCUCUAAUUUGCAUGAUGCCGGUCAUUUGGUUAUUUUAUGCCAAAUAUGAAACAGACACCGAACUUGCUACAAGAGUGGGUAUAAAGUUUACUCAAUUUAAAAUAUAAUAUAGAAAGUAUAAUAUAGAAAAUCUGCUUGUCGACCAUGAUGAUUUCGUAGAUUUCGUAAGUAAACGACAACAGUUUGACGAUUAUGGUCAUAUAAAAUUCGGGAAAAGGGAACAAUUCAAAGAUUAUGGUUAUAUGCAAUUUGGCAAGAGGUACGAUUAACUACCGAU